CUCCAAGAUGGCCACCGUCCACCGAGCUCAGAGUAUUCUUCUACGGGCCCUCUCGGGCUAUUUAAUCGGGGGUCCCGAGGUCUUCUUGUCCCCCCAGCGCCCUCCGCCAGCCCCCCUUGAUGUUUUGCCGCGGACAGUGGGCUUCUCCCAGCGGUGCAGUGUCUGCUUACCGCCGGACGCCACAACCAAUAUGGCCGCCGCCACCGGGUCUCCGCACCUCAGCUCGGUCCUGCAGCUCCAGGGGCACCUGCAAGUUUCUCUGCACCCCGGCCGGGUCACUGCAGGUUGGACAAAUGGAAGGCCAGGAGCCUCUGCAGCAUCGUCUUCCACAGCAAGACAAUAACAAAGUCUCCUUCAACCUUCCUGCAAUAGUAUCAGAUACACCACACAGGGAGACAUUUGUCCAGAUCUCUCCCAUGCCUGAUAAUGCACUACUGGCAGUAGGACAAGAUGGUUUAGUCUCCGUUUGGACACCGGAUCUUAAGCUGAAAAAAAGUCGCUGUAUACUGGAUGAGAACAAACCACAAAACAGGACAAUGAAAUGGAUUUCAGAUUCCACACUAAUGACUCAGUUUAACAAGUUGGUUGUUGGAACAUGUGACAGAGAGAUACGGCUUUACGAGCUCUCCAACUUUGAACCAUAUUGCCAGAUAGUGGGUUUGGAGACGAUGCCUCUGCACCUAGGUUACAGUCUUCGUGAUACAGACGAGUGUGUCAUUUAUUUUGGUGAUGAGCAAGGAUGUGUCAACAUCAUUCUAAUUUCACACAUGGCAGAAACACUUCGGAACUGGACAAAAUGCCAAGUGGUGGACGAAAUCCCCAGCAUUGCUAUAGAGAACAUUGCAGAGCUAAGCCACAUCACAUAUAUACGCUGGAAGGUUCAUAAUGACUGGGUCACACAGAUCAGAUAUGUCCGAUCAAUUGAAUCAAUUAUCUCAAGCUCAAAUGAUGAUUACACAGCUCUAAUAAUAGGUUGUGUGGAGGGAACCAAAAAUUUGCAGAAGCGCCUGAAGGAGAUAAUGGAAUGUGGCAGUAUGAAAAGCAAGCGCUCUGUGAUGUCUGGAAAUGGCCCUCCCAAGAGAAAUAUCACUGAUGAAUCUGUAUUCAGGGUUAAAAGAGGCGUCAAGGCCUUUGAUUUCUCCAAGGAAGCCAAAAUCCUGGUAACGGGAGGACUAGACAGAAUUGUUCGUUUGUGGAAUCCAUAUGUGCCUGGUUGGCCCACUGGAUUACUGCGCGGACACUCCUCACCAAUUACCUACUUGCAGAUUGCAGAUGAGAACUCCAAGAUUUACUCUGUGUCUACAGACUGCACUGUGAUGAUAUGGGACAUCGAAAAUCACAACUGUCUGAUCAGUGUAAUAUCUAAAGCUAGUCAGAUCAAAGGAGAUAUUGCAGCAUGCUACUUUUCACCCCAUCUCAGAGCUCUCUACAUAGCAACAGACUCUCUCGCUGUACUGCAGCUGCAAGAAAAUUCCACAAAACAUGGACUCCCACCUGUCUCGCACAAUGAGCCAGUCACCAGCUGUCUGUAUAACCAGCUCCAUCAACAGAUCAUUAGCUGCUCAGGGGGCUCUGUGAUGAAGACAUGGAAUCUCCUGACAGGACAGCUCAUUGGUGAAGUACAAGCAGCUCAUGGACACUCAGCUGUUACCUGCCUAGUUCUGGACUCAAGUGGCAGCAGACUGGUAACAGGCAGCAGGGAUGGAAGCGUGAAGCAGUGGGACUGCAGCAUAAACUACCUCAGCUUCAUAAAGACAAUCAGACAAGGGAGCUCAGAAAGUUCAAGAGAUGGAAUCAGUGACCUCACUUAUGUAGAACACAAUAAUAAUUGGUAUAUAAUUACUGCUUUCUGUGAUGGACAGAUCAGAAUCUUUCCAGAUCAACACAGUGCAAUGAUAUCAGACAGUGAGCACCCACAAUGCACUUGGAGCAACAUUAUAGUAACAACCCUGCUACAGAUCUCUGUGACAUUCAUCUUCUCGCAGAACACAAGAACUAGCUCUAGGAAUAUGAGAAAUGAACAUGAAAAAGGGAAAUUCUGCCUGGCUUCAGCCACUUCCAAUCUUGUGGCUUUUACGAAUUGCCAUGGUGAAGUCCUUGUGUGGAGUCUUUUGUCCGGUGCCGUGUUCUGUCAUCUUACACCUUCUGAGGGAGAAGAACUGGACAGUGGAACGGGUGAUUUCCUUAUCAGCAAAGUGGUAUUCAUUUCCUCCAGGAUUAAAAGAAUAAAUGAAUCUGCUGUUUUAAUUUCCAGUGGCCCAAGCGGCAAUAUUACUUUCUGGAACAUUGAGGGCGGAGGCAGAGUCUUCAGAAGGUUUGCUGGUUCACAUUACAAGUCUGUGGUGAGUGACAUGGCUGUCAGUGAAGAUGACUCCCUUCUUUGUGCAGCUGACCAGCAAUUCUAUGUCUACGUCUGGGAUAUAUCGCAAUAUGCACUGGAUGGGCCGGAGGAGCAAGAUCCUGUCUUGCUGCACUGCUGGAAAGCACACCUGUGUGAGGUUACCAGAGUGAUCCCAUUGAAGAAACAUGAAUUGAUUGUCACUUCUUCUCAGGACUGCAUGUGAAGCUGUGGUCAAUGCAAGGGCAAUAUAUUGGAACACUGUUGCCACAGCUGCUAGAUGUAAAUCCUGAAUAUAUCACAGUGGCUGCACGUAUUGAGGAUUGUCAGCAUAAGUUAAUAUAUGAAAUACCUCUCCAUAAGGGCUGGUGAACCCGAGCGUCCCCGGGUAAGUCCAAGAAUUUGCCCAGUUGGUAGAAAAGCUGGAGGGUACGUGUGGUGUCUGGAUACGUCAGCCGGCUGCAAGGUUUAUUCAAUUAACCUGCUGGUUUCACCUUGUGAGUGCUGUGCAGAUAAUCGUGGGCGGCAGGUGUAUGGCUGCUGAAUCGGACGGUAUCUUAAGCCCAGCUGUAUGAGGAAACUUCCUUCCAGACUACCUGGACGUGCACCGUCCGCCGGUAGAGAACGGGGUGGAAGAUGCUGGAGACAAUCGCCGUAGCCGCACAGCGCCUGCGGCUGGCCGUGAAGCCAAAUGGAAAGCCGCCCACGGCUGCCGUUAGUGAGAGCCGGAUGAGAUGGCUGUGACCAGAGAGCGUCCUGGAUGCGGGUGUUCAGUGAAAUUGCAAAGGGGGAGGAGUCCUGACGCGUUUCGUCACGUGACCCGUGACUUUUUCAAAGAUGACUCCUUUUGCACAGUGUACAUUCGGACAAAAUAAGCCCUGGUGUAUCCAGACACUCGCAUCUAGUGACAAUGGUCCUAGUAGCCACAAACAACCAUCACAUGAACUCAAACAAGAUCCAGAGGAAGAACAGGACCAACUGCACCAAGUCUCUGAGGUGGAUACUAUUUCCAUUCUAAUAGAUGACAAAGAUAUUGCCAAACUACUAAGGGAAAGAAACAG